AUGGACAGAAGGGUAGAUGAAUAUGAUAUUGUGCAAACGCCAAAGGGAAUGUUAGCGAGUGAUUUACCUGCAAAGAUAAAAUUGGAUAAACCAUUUGAAGUGAAUGGACAGAUGUAUGUGUGCGAGAAGUACGGAGAUGAGGUUAUGGGAUUGAGUGAAGUUGAAAAUGGAAAGAGCAAAUCACCAACAAUGUGCAAGAGUUUGUAUGUUGUUAGAAAGUUAUGA